AUGUUCUGCUUGACUUUGAUUUGCUUUUCUCAAUUUCUAGCUCCUCCUCUCAUAGAGCAUCCUAUUAUCAACUUCGUUAACGGAAUUGAUCUUAAAUCGGUCAUUUUCAAGCUUAAAAAAGUCGCAUUAUGUGUUAUCAAAGACUAUGAUCAUAAUCAGAGGAAUACAGAGUUAGAAAAUCUAUUUUCAGCCGCUUUUAUGCUGCACAUUGCUACUCCGCUUGCAUUUAUCAAAUCCGAGUCAUAUUUUGGAGAUCAAAAACAUAGAAAUAUCCCGAAUCCGUUACUUAUUAUAUUGGAAAGUGGCUUUGAAGUCACCCGUCUUGCUAUUCCACAAGAUCAAAAUGUGUUAUUGAAACAGCUUGAAGCAUUAACAUGUGAGAAAAAUGAAGUCGUAUCAGAUGUCAAAGAUUUACCACUAUUCUUAUCCAAUCUCAACUAUACUUUGAUCAGUCAGUAUACAGAUUCAGAGCAAUACAAGUCAUUGUUAUAUCAAAUAACAGAGGAAUAUGGUCCCUGUGAUCUACUUUUUGCCAGUUCGAAUGUUAUGGACGAAAUAGCUGGCAGUAAUUAUGAUUUUGCUGUUUACAGGAACUCAGAUGGCGUUAUUGUCCCGCUUGAUAAACAUUUAAGCAAUUUUCCAUACGCUUUUGCCAAAAACAACAACGUAUUCAGCGAAUCCGAUAUCAUGGAUUCGGAUAACUUGACAAUUGGUAUUGUCAGUAAGAAGAUUGAUCAGAAAAUCCCACUCGGUAUCAUAUUCGAAAAAUUAUUCAAAGAUUUUCCAGAUCAGAAGAUCGGAAUAAUAACGAAUUCGACAAUCCCGUUUGUAGAAUCCUUCUCUGAUCAUGAUUUUAAUGAUUAUCUCGACUUAGUCAUAUUCAAUUACAAACAAAACAUUUACUACCCAACGAAACGAAUUGUUGGAGUCAAAUAUGGCGAGGAAUGGAUUAGCUGCGCUGUUUCCAUAAUCAAAGAAGUUCUCAAAGGAAAUAAACAGCCCGAAUUUAAGUCGGAAAUUAUUCCAACUCGCCAGUACUUCCCUUACAUCAACAAGAUCGUAGGACACAACUAUGAAGAAUUCAUUAACAAUAACUCGACCGAUUUCAAGUUUAUUGUUUAUCUCAAAGAAGAAAGUGAAGAAUUAUUGGAUUUGAUAUCGAACGUUGCUACGAAGAUCAGAGCCAAUAUCACUUCUAUGAUUGAUUUCGCAUAUAUUGACAUAACAAAGAAUUUUGUCAAAAAAUUACCAAAAUUAAUUAAUAUCACUAACAUCUACAUCUAUUCCAAUGAGGAUAACUUGACUUAUCCACUCCUCGAACGUCCGUCAGAGGAAUCUUUGUAUAGAUUUAUUAACCAAUACAUACCUGCUCUUGGACUUAACUGUGAAAAGAUGUUCCAAGAUGACGCUAUAUCCCUCAUUCAGUUCUAUACAGAUAACUUGGAUGGACUGGAAAUCAAAGAAAAGUUAUUUAUCGUGGAUUACUUAAUGAGCUUAAGCAACGCAUUGCCAUCAAUGAGAGUUGCUAACCGUGAACAGGUAGAUGAAUCAAUACCAGAUGGAAAAAGAAUGAAUCUCAGUGGUCACCUUCAGCCAUAA